UCUAAUCUUCGCUGUUCGAAAAUUUACUUUCAUCGAAGCAAAGUUGACGAAAUUCUUGGAUUCGAAAUGAAGAUUCCGAUUCGACACAGUUUCAUCGGACUCAUACUGUUGAUGGAAGCUUGUUUAUUGAUUAAAGGAGAGGAAUGCUGGAUUCCUAUGAUUUGCGACGAUCAACCUACUUGGAGAGAACUUACGGAAGGACAGUGCACAAAAGAAGAAGAGAAAGCUUUGGAAGCUUUAACGGAACGAUUAGACGGAAUGAAAAGUGAGCUCAAUCAAUUAGAAAAGGUGUUGGAAGAAUCAGAGACGAACUCAGUGCAGCCCUCUGUUGUAGGAGUCAAAGAAAUGACCAAUCCCCAGGGUAACAAAGUCAAGAACACGACGCGCUCUUCAACCGUCCCUGCUACAUCCCCGUGGUCAACUAAGGAAGCCUUUCUGUCUACUGUGCUCCCACAAACUACAAAAGUCGAACAGAGUACAGUUACAGUACGUACCUGCCCAGUACCUGAAGCUCUAGAAAACGGGAUUGUGGACACUACGACCGCACCUGACUUAGAGUUUGGUCAAACAAUCGAAUAUUCAUGCAAUGCUGGAUACGUUCUUCAAGGAUCAAACAUGGGAAAAUGCGGAGAAAAUGGAACCUGGGGGGAAGUGCCCACCUGCGUAGUCGAUCUUACUUGUGAUUUUGAGUCUUCAACCAACCCUACAUGCGGCUACAUGAGAUUUAAUGGAACAUUUGAAAGGACUAAGGACAUUACAGGUUAUGUUCUUGCUGGUAACGGUACAAUCAGAUCCUUACCCAAGGCUUUGGCUGGCAAUGAGGAACUAUGCAUGAGUGUCGACCUAAAAGGGACAUCUGAUGGAGAACUGGUGGCCAAGGCUCACAAUGGAACUGUAACGAAAGCAAUCUGGCCGUUUUCUGCCUCGACUACCUGGAAAACAGAGAAAUUCGUUUUAAAGAAAGCAAACUCUACAGAUACCGAGGUCCAACUUGAGCUUGAGGCAUCCGGGAAUGUAGAGUUAGACAACAUAACCACAUUGAACUCUUCCGAAUGUUAUGGUCUAGCUACACCAUGUGCUAAGCGAAAUCUUGAGAACGGAAAAAUUUUUCCUGAGCAGGAAUUGUACAGUGAGGAUCAGAAGGUCAGUUACUCUUGCAGCAAUGGUUACAUUUUGGAAGGGAGACAGACGGGAACAUGCAAAGCUGAUGGUUCAUGGUCCACAACACCAGCAUGCACUCUUAUACAAUGUGUGAAGCAAAAUCUUGAGAAGGGAACAAUUUCUCCCGAGCAGGAAUUGUACAAUCAAGAUCAGGAGGUCAGUUACUCUUGCAACUAUGGUUACACUUUGGAAGGGGGACAGACGGGAACAUGCAAAGCUGACGGUUCAUGGUCCAAAACACCAGUGUGCACUCCUACACAGUGUACGAAGCGAAAUCUUGAGAAGGGAACAAUUUCUCCUGAGCAAGACUUGUACAGUCAGGAUCAGGAGGUCAGUUACUCUUGCAACUAUGGUUACACUUUGGAAGGGGGACAAACGGGAAUUUGUAAAGCUGACGGUUCAUGGUCCACAACACCAGCGUGCACUAUAGCUAUACAAUGUGUGAAGCGAAAUCUGGAAAAGGGAACAAUUUCCCCUGAGCAGGAAUUGUACAAUCAGAAUCAGGAGGUCAGUUACUCUUGCAACUAUGGUUUCACUUUGGAAGGGGGACAGACAGGAACAUGCAAAGCUGACGGUUCAUGGUCCACAACACCAGUGUGCACAAAAUGUGGCGUUGAAUAUAAUUUAAAAUGUUUUCGAGCGAUCGUUUACAAUACACAUAACGUCACGUUGAGAGUCGCUGAAACUCUUUGCAAAAACAAAUUGGCUAACAUUUAUGACGUCACACACUACAAACUGAUUCAAGAUUAUUUACGACCAAUGAUUCCUGAUGGAGAAUCACACAUUUGGGUUCGUACGGGAAUGACUUACAAGGACGGUCAGCUGUAUUCAACGACGGGCCAAGCUAUGUCUCUACCAACUGAGGUUUGGCGUAAUGGGUAUCCGUAUUCCGAUGCAUCGUACACAACUGUUGUUGUUGUUGUCAACCGAAACCCGGAUGAUCAAGGGAUUUCUAAUGUUCCUCCUUUCUAUUUAUAUCACGGAGCCAUCUGUGAAAUUGAAUUAUAACUCUGUACAUUGAAUGAUCGAUAAACAAAAACUGUAAAAUUACUUAAGUUUGAGAUUAAUUGUUAUUCACCCUAGUAGAUUUAUUAAAACUUUAACUUACUAUUUCCACAGUUGAACAAGCUUAUGCUGUUGAAUUCCCGAAUAUUCGUUAUCCAUACAUUCAGCUUAAUUUACACCCAAAUUCACUAUUUCCACGUAUCACAGUUGAACAAGCAUAUAAAGUAAAUAGAUUCUGCAUGCGGUAUAUAAACCUCAUAUCAAAUUCAUUGUUAGAUUUCUACCAAACGAACUAUUUUUCAUUUCUUAGAUGUGUCCAAAAAAAGUUUGAAUUUAUUAUUUUAACUCAAUUUGUUUCUGUCUGAAUUUGAAUAAUCUUAAAAAUUUGGCGAUUUGGUUUAUUCAAAUAUAUAUUACAUGUCCAGGAAAUUUCAAUAAAUUGGAAAAAUGGUCGAUACUCUAGGAAUAACGGCUUCGUACCUGUAACCUAUUUAGAGUCUAAAUAUCGUAAAAUUCAAAUUUUCGAAAAUUACAGGAAGAAAUUGUUUUCAGAUAUUUGUCAUUGAACUUUUUUUGGAUAAAGCUG